AUUUUAAGACACAUUUAAUGCAUUUUUGUCUUUUAUUUUUCUUCACUUUCCACUACCUAAUAAGAGACAGAGCCUUAAGCUGAAGACGAAGCAAGAAAGAAACAAGAGUGAACAGAAAAGAAUGAGAGAAGAGAAGGACAAGCUGGCUCUUGUGUUAGCUGCAAAGUCGAGAACAUUGUUGUACACUUCUUCACCUGCAAGUCCAUCGGUGUUUGCUUCUCCUAUUCACACUCUUGCUUCUGUUCCGUUUUGCUGGGAAGAGCAACCAGGCAAGCCCAAGAACCCUCUUCGUCCUCUUUCUUACCCAAAAUGUCUUGAACUGCCUCCGCGCUUGCUCCUUCCGGGUGACUUUACGCAACUGCCAUUUCCUGAGAGGAAGCAUGGGGGCCUCUUUGGGUUCAUGAGGAGGAAAGGGAGAGGGGAUGUUGUAGUCAGGGGUAGUUAUGUCUUUCCCUCGGAGAAGGAGAGAGCAGGUGAGAUCAAUAAUAACAACAACAUGAAGAUCAUGAAGUUUAACCAAUCAGGGAAUUUGUAUGGUGGUGGUGGAUCUGUAAAAGGAUCUCACUUUUUGGGAGGUUUAUGUAAGGGACUGAAGCAAGCAAUGCCAUGGAAGAACAAGAAGCUGAGAAGAGAAAGUCUUUGAGCAUAUAAUAAAAGUGCUUACAAGACAAACACUGAUCAUCUUCUGAUCUACCUAUUGAGGAUCAGAAGAGCUACUAAGAGUGUAUGUAAGACUGGCAAUUUCGUCAUAUUGUAAAACUAAUAUCUCUGUGAUGUAUGUAUGUAUAAUAUAAAUAUAGACUCGUGAGCCAUGGGAACACAACUUUCAAGCU